GGUGCCCAUUUUUAACUGCCCAGCUAUUCUUUUUUACGUCCACUUUAUCACCCAUUGAGUUUAAAAUCAUUUGUCAAUCGUAACAAGACUUAAAUAGGCUCUCCAAUUUUCCCCUUUUCAAUUGAAACUAUCAAAUGAUACCAACGAAGUUGUCUCACUUUGAUCAGGCAACCAAAACUGAGCUCCUUGGUAAAACUGAUACGGAAUCGAUUAUUUUUACAGGAAUCGCUAGUAAUCAAUGGUGUAUUGGAGAUGUUCCUCAUGUAAGUUACAUUGCCAGUAUUGUUACCGAUAGUGUACUUCAACACUUUUCAGACAACUAUCAGAAAGACCUUGUUGCCCUUAACUGCUUUUACUUCAGCAAAACUAUUCCUGGUCCUCUCAUUGUCGAAAUAGAGGAACUCAAAAUGAGUAAAAAGGGGUAUUGUGUCGUCCGAGCGCUCUUGAAACAAAAGAAAGAUUUGACACCAUUAAGAGAUAUAAAAGCAUAUAAAUCUGCUGAAUGGCUUGUCAAAUUACACUGCAUUUUUACUAUCGGCAACAUGGACAGUGAAAAAGGUGUUACUUCAUUUUAUAGAAAUCCUAUUGCUCCCUCUAAAGAGUAUAUAGAACCUUACCACUAUGCCUUCAUGGGUGAGUUUCUCAAAACAACGAUCGAUGCAACUACUUUUCCUAGAAACGACAAACAACCUGGCAAACCGGAGAUCAUACAAACUGUGGAAUUUUCAGAUGGAAGGAAUAUUGACUUCAAAUCCAUUCCUUAUCUAUGCGAUAUGUUCGUGACACCGCCUUCGUUAUUGGGACCAUCAGUUCUGGGCGGUUUAGUAUGGUGUCCUACCAUGCAACUAGAAGUACAAUUCAAGAAGAGGCCUACAGGGAAAGAAGUGCUUGCCCAUUUCGUGGCACCUCACAUUAUCAAUGGUAGAUUUGACAUUGAUGGUGAAAUCUGGAAUGAAAAUAACGAAAUCGUUGCGACCACAAGACACCAAUGCUUGAUAGUCCCCUGGAGCCGAAACUCGAAGAAUUCAGAUGCUGUUCAAAGACGACAAAAGAUGUUGAACGAUAAAUCCAAACUUUAAAAAUAGAUAGACAUCGCUUUUGCAUAGCAGAAUUUUGCUGGCUAUAGGCGUUUAAAUCUAUAGAUAAUAGCCAUAUGCAUAGUAUUGAUUGUAUCAUGCCACAGCUUCGUCAGAGAAUAAUUUAUCUAAAUAGAUCUGGACAUGAACAUUUAUAAGUUGUACGUCCUUCUUUCUAACUCUUACUUGAGGACAAAUAAAAUAGCUAUCUUCAUCGAUCAAUUGAGAGCAAUAUACAAUUCAUGGUAGCAAGUAUAACGCUCGCAAAUUCAUCCACGCGAUGUGCGUGCCAUUAUGGAGUAAAGGUGGUGUAGCCGAUGCCAGAACGCAGACGCAGAUUGCAUACUACCAUGAAUAAAGCAACGACACCGAC